AUGUGGCUGCUGGCAUGCCCGCCCCGAGAGGCGGCCGAGGCUCACGCCGGCGCUGAGGGCGGCGUCGCCACGUCCGAGCUGGACACGGCGCGCCUCCUGUGCACGUACCUAUCGUCCGUGCCGCAAGGGCGGCAGCGGGAGGCCAAGGGCUCGCCGCAGCUGGGCGACAGCGGCCCCUACAGCGUCAUGUACGACUGGAUGGCCGCCACGCGCUCCUACGCCGUCAACGAGUCGGUGACGUACACGACGCACACGACGCCGGAGAUGGUGCACCACGUGGCCGAGCUGGCCACCCGCUGGUCCGGGCCGCUCUCGGUCGCCGUCUUCGUGCCGCACUCGGACUUCUGCCUCGCUGCGGUUCGCAUCGCGCGCCUGCGGCUCUGCGGCCCGCCGGAGGUGCGGGAGAAAGUGUCGUGGCACCUGUUCUGGCCGCGCGACGUGCCCCCCGCGGCCGACUGGCACCUCGUGGUGGACGAGACGCUUCUGGACUGCGCGGGCGCCGACGAGGCCCUGGCCGUGCGCGGGUACCGGGCGCGAGAGGUCAUGGCGUACCCGGUGAACGUGGCCCGCAACGUGGCUCGGACGGCGGCGCCAACCUGGUUCGUCCUCCCCUCCGACGUGGAGCUGUACCCGUCGGCCGACCUGGCGCAGCAGUUCGUGGCGAUGAUGGCGCGGGUCGGGGCGGGCCAGGACAAGAAGGUGGGCGGCGCCUGCCGAGUGUUCGGUGGCCCGUGUUCGAAGUGCGGGGCGUGGUGCCCGAAAACAAGGAGGAGCUCGUGCGCCCAGUACCAGCGCAGCGACGCCGUCUACUUCCACCGGCACGUGUGCGCGCACUGCCAGAGGUUCCCUGCGAUCAAUGACUGGAUCCGCCAGCCGGGGAAGCCGGGCAUGAUACAGGCGUUCUCGGUCGUGAAGCGCCAGUACCCUUACCACCGCUGGGAGCCCAUUUACAUCUGCACCAAAGACGAGCCCUUGUACGACGAGCGGCUGUCCUGGGAGGGUCUGCAGGACAAGAUGACGCAGAUGCACGAGCUCUGUCUCCGUGGCUACAACCUGGUGAUCCUUGACCGGGCCUUCCUCGUGCACGCCCCGGGAAUCAAGCGAAGGAGCAAGACCAAGGCGAAGGACAGCGCCUGGAGAGACCCUUUCGUGGCGAAGAAUUCCCGCAUCUACGAUAAGAUCAUGGAGGAGAUGCAGAACAAAUUUGGGCCGAGUGACGUGUGCCACAGACACUGAGAGAACGAAAUGCAUAAACAUGCUCUUGACAUUUUGGGACUCGCCGAGUUUUGGGAAACAAUACUAAGGUGUUAUUGUCUGGCCUCCUCUUUCAUUUACGCUGUUUUCUGAUGUCAUUUCAAUGAAACGCCACGCUUAUCUUGUGAUGGAGCAUUUCUAUGACGUCAUUUAGCCCCUGCAAUGAAGGAAUGGCUGAACGAAGCCAUCCUGUGUUGCCCCGGACAAAGGUGAGCCCCGUCUUUGACAGCGGUUAAAAGACAUGAAUGUGUAGUGUACACAGAAUAGCUGACAACCACGUGUCGCAUGCACCGGAUGCGACACGUGUUCGACCCUUUAUUGUACUGUGGCAUCGGCGUCGCGCCAGCAUCCCGACGUCUAGGCGCGCGCCGACGUCGGGGCGGUGCAGCGACGUCGGCGCAGUGUUGUUAUUUUCGAGUGUUGUGACCAACAACGUCCGUGUCUUUGGUGUUUCUUGUGAAGACGAUAUUUUUCCACUGAGUGUUACGACCUUCAUGCGGGUAUCAGAGGUGCUUAUUCUAUGGUGUUUGUGGAUACUGUUGUUAAACCUUGAAUGAAAUACUGUUGACAAUACUGUUGGCAUGGACCAUGUCGGUUGUGUGUAGGUGGAGGUUAUAUUUUGCAAUGUCUUUUAAGGUGGGCUUUCCAUGGCCAGGCUUUAUAAUGUCGCCUUUAUGGCCCAUAUCACUCGAACAUUUUCGGCCAAACUUUAGGUUAGGUUAUAAUACAGAUAGCGGGUUUUAUGAUCUAAUAAAUUGCCUGUUAGCUUCAAGUGCUAGAAUCCGUAGAUGAUACAGAGGCACGAGGUUUUUCCUAGCUUAAACUGUCGAUAUGCAAUGGCUGUCUAGCUUUCAUUCGCAAAAUUAAAACAAAUCUUCAUCACUUAGUAUUACGAGUACUGAAACGGGAUUACGCAAAGGAAGUAUAGGAACACUUUUCGGCUUCGGUUUAAGUAGGUCGCGAGGGGGCGCUGUCCCCCCUCCAUCCAAGCCAACGGUCACUAAUAAUGAUCGCUAGACAGCUUCUUAGUAAUUUUCGCAAGAAGUGACCUUAGAAUCAUCGCACAACGCUCUUGUUAUGUACAUAAGUAAGAUGAGUUGCAUGUCAACUGCCUUGCUGAUGCAUGGCACGGAUAGGUAGCUGAGACUGCGCGCAUAGAAUUCGUCUGCCAUUCUCACGAGUCAGUCUAACGUUUAUUUCUGGAAGCUCCCUCCUGCCCGCCUGUUGUGUUGAGAAGGAAAGAGAUCCGUUGGCCCUUUGUAGGGAGAUUUAGUCGCCCGCGCUUGGCCAGACACUACGUUGCCAAGUUUAGAUGGUUUACACUUCCUGUGACUGACUGAGAUCUUCGAUCCUGGCGAAGAACGAGUAAAUGCUCUUUCCGAAAUUUCGCUCCGCCCACAAUAGAUAAAAAAGGAAAACGGAAGCCUGUAGUGUUCUGGUGAAAAGCGCUCUCGAAAGAACUCUCACGAUUUGCAUACCACACGCACCUCCACCCGGCGGAGGGCGCCAACACAACACGCCGGCGACGUCGACGACGCGAAGACGUAUCGUGUCCGGGAGGCGGGCGACGGACGCAGGUUCUUCCCACGCCCAAGCCCCCGGCGCAGGGUCCGAGAAGGACGGCGCGGUGUGCGAAGGGAAGGGAAAGGCGCGUUGCAAUGAUUGCUCAUUCUGGCUUCCGGAAUUCCGUGCGCAUUAUGAUAGCUAAGGACAUGAUUGUAACAAGAAUGGAACUGCAGAAUAUCAUGUGAAUAAGUAUUGUUAUUUUGUUGAAUAUGACUAAAAUGAGAGACUAAUUUUGAUACUGAACUGAGUUUGUUGUAAAACUGUGAUCAUUUUCUUGUUUAUGUUUUGGAAUUAUCUUUAAUGAGGAGUGGCCAGCCUUCAUAUAUCAUUAGAAAAUGCCAUGUCGAUGUGGUGGAAAAAUCAUGCGUAGCAUUUUCUCCAUUGUCCCUUAAUCUGGUAAAGAAGACCAUAUUAUUGGCGGCUGACGAUAAACCGAACAAUCAUUGCCGGAAUGCGAAGGCGCAAUCAGCUGCUGACAGUGCUUAAGGGCAAAAACCUUUCCGAAGGCUUAGACACGCUUCAAGAAUUCUCUUUCACAGGAGAGACAUCACUGACUCCUUUCUUCAGAGCUGAUCCUUCCACGUGUCUCCUCCACAGUACUUGCCUUCACCACACUCCGUGCACCGUGCUUUGACUCCAGUGCACCUCGCUCACCGUAGUUGGGGGUUCUCUCUCCUUAUCAUUAUUCUCUUCCACCGAUUGUCCCCUUUUCACUCUUACACUGAAAAUUGAACAACACAGUGAACACGACGUACAACACCACAUAGUUCAACACCAUGUCUACAAUCAUCGCAGUCCAGUUAACAUGUAGUUGACACAAUGGGUUAUUUUGGUAUAGGGAGGAAAGAAAGAAUGUAGCUUGACUAUAAGAUACACUUCUGGGAUUUGCGACCUAUAUUUAGAGAAAAGUUUAAAGACUCUACGACUAAAAAUAACAUAGAAAACAAGUACAAGGACACUGCCAUAUGAUCUGCAUAUGUAACGUUCGUUUUCAAGAAGAGGCUACAGAUAAUUAAUCAUUGCAUUGUGCACUAACGUUUACAAGUUACAUUUAUUAAAACAGUCUCGCAACAUUGCUAUUUCCUGUGAUUUUUCCAUAAUUCAUCUCAUAUUUAGAAUAUCUUACCCUUCACUACUGUUUGAUAUUCCUUCUUUGAAUUUCUCCCUGAAUGUAUUCCACCCAGACACAGCUUAGAAGGAAAGUCGAUUUUGUUAUGAUUCACGGAACUGAGUCUUGGGCACGUAAUAUAUAAGGUUUAUAUGAUCUAAGUUGUUAUGGACCAUGCAGAGAAUUUAUCAAAUUGAUUGUGUUUGUUGAUAUUUAAGAAGCUAAUGUUGAUCUUUCAUUAGCUAUUCGUGGACAUGAAGUCAUGUCUCCUGCGAGCGAAUUUGCUUUCCAAACAAAGUAGUGAUGAAUAUUCCAUAUCUUCAGAAGGUGACAUUUACUGCCUCUCUGAUACAAGUUCAUCUAAUGACGCGAGAGUCAAGUGACCGUUUCUCUGACCGCCCGAAGGAACCCUAGCUUCCUUGCAUGCACGGUCAACAUGCAGGAAAGCGACUUUCUUCUGCAUUGUUCGGACCGGCGACUCGCCUUCCUGCAAGCACGAGCGGCCGCCGCGCGCUCUCUCGUGCCUCUCGGGCGUCGCCGACUGUCCGACUUCUGUCCAUGACGCAAGAAGCCACUGGCCCCGCCCAUUUGACCUUGAAGCCUAGUAUCUUUUCGGUGAUUAAGCCCGUCCCUUUUCGUCGACCGUUCCCGGCCAAUAAGCCAUGCUGCGUAACCUUACCUGUAGCGUCACUGCUCACGAAGACUAUCAUUUGCUUGUUGAUCAAGACUUGAAUAAGAGUUUCGAUGGAGCUUUCCCGGUGUUCAAUCCUUUAAGAGAAAAAUCUCAUUCUUAAUCCCUCGUAUGUCAAAGUGGCGACCCCUCACCCCACCCCACGAAAAUAAGGGAAUGACUGUGAUCGAAUUUUUCCAAAGUAUCUUCAGGAUACUCCCUGAAAACGAGUGAAUGAGUGCGUUCGAAUCCAUUGCCAAGGUAUCUCUCGGCCAAUCCCUCCCUCUGAAAAAGAAUAUGUUCGAAUCCAUGCCAAGGUAUUUCAGCCAAUCGCCCCUCCCGGAAGACAAGUGAAUGAGUGUGUCCGAAUUCAUUGCCAAGAUAUCUCCUCGGCAAUCCCCGAAAACAAGAGAGAGUGACAGUGUUCGAAUCCAUGCCAAGGUAUCUUCAGCCAAUCGCCCCUCCCGGAAGUCAAAUGAAUGCGUGUGUUCGAAUCCAUGCCAAGGUAUCUCCAGGUCAAUCCCAUCUCGUCGAUAAUUCACGGUGAUAAUCCCCAAUGUGACUAUAAAGGUCGUUUAGCCAAGUCCCCCUCUUCCACAACUCACGCCAUUGUUACCUACUUUUCGUUCUUUGAAAUAGAAUGGAUUUUGGGAUUUCUUGUUCUCACCUCCACGUGAUGUUAUCAUUUUCAAUUCACGAUAAUAAUUAUGCAGUGUGAGCUGUCACCCCAACACUUGCCGUUUUUAUAUAAUUUAUUGUUUUCCUUCCGUUAUCAUUUUGUAGCAAAUAAAACUGGCUCACGCAA